AUGUGUGCUCUUGGUUUUUUGGGUAUCAUUCUUAUGAUUAUUGAUAAUGAAAUAACUUUUGCGCGUUUCGAUCAUCACGAGACAAUCUCUACUUGGCUUCUCAAAUUGACAAUUACAAUUUCGAGUAUGGUUCUUAUUGGUCUUGUUCUCUACUAUCAUUAUUACGAAAUUAAUCUCUAUUGUGUUAAUAAUUCCAUUGAACAUUGGCGUGUUGGAUUAACAGGCAAAAGACUGCUUUCUAUUAUGUUAGAAAUAGUGAUCUGUAGUAUUCAUCCUAUUCCUCGACAUUUUCCCAUUGGUCAAUAUUCACACGAUGAAAGAAAUAUCGCAAAUUCAACAAAAAACUACCAGUCUACAGCAAUACCAAUUGCCUUAACAUAUGUACCUGUUGAUGUUGCACUUGGUUUGCCAAUGUUUGGCCGUCUAUAUCUAUGCUGUCGUUACAUCACAUUUCAUUCACGUUUGGUUCGUGAUACAUCACUACAAUCGCUUGGUUAUCUAAACAAAAUAUCUCUUGAUUUCAUCUUCGUUAUUAAAACUUAUUUUCAACAAUGGCCAAUACGUUGUUUAGUUAUAUUUUGUACAAUGGUUUUUCUUAUUGGAAGUUGGUCAUUGCGUGCAUGUGAUAUGAUAUCAGAGAAUGAACAUAUAUCGAUUUUUGCUGCUAUGUGGCUAUUUAUUGUAACAUUUACUACUGUAGGUGUGGCUACUAUUGCAAGUAUCAUUGGUAUUUUGGUCAGUGCUCUUCUGAUUGCUGUUGUCUCUCAAAAACUUAUUUUGUCCCGAUGGGAAAGAUAUGUUCAUAAUUUUGUUUUGAACUGUGAAUUAGCCAAAGCGCAGAAACAUCAAGCAGCGAAUAUUAUUAUAAAUGCGUGGAAAAUGUGGCGUCUUACGAAAAUUCAUAAAUACAAUUCAAUUGAGUAUAUUCAAUCACAACAAGCAUUCUUCAAAUCGAUAGAUGGCAUUAAAUAUAUUAAAAAGAAACAACGGAAAUUAAAUGAUAAUCAUAUUACCGGUCUACCCGAAUUACUGAUGAUUCAACGUGAUACAAGUACUGUAUUGGAUCAAUCCCUGGAACAGAUGAAUACAAUGAAACGAAAGAUAGACAGCGUUGAUGAAAAGCUUGAUGCUGUAAAUCAAACAGUACAUCAUAUACAGAACACACUUAGCCUUUUAUUAGAUAGAAUUACACCCUUGAAAAGGGUAUAG